CACCAUGAUCCCAACUUCUCUGUUCUUGGAAGAUAGAUUUAAGCUUUGAUUCCUGUUGACACAAUCCAGAAUGUCACAUUCCUCAUUAGACUCUGUAAGAGACUUUUUUCAGAUACUGAAAAACUUUUAUCAAAAAUUUAAUGUCCAAACCAAAUAUGGACCAAGAGCUGGUGCCGCAGCGUCGAGUUUCUUCAUCUCAGGCGUUGGUCUCGUGUUGCUUUAUUUCUUUACUCAGAUAAUUAAGAAGAAAAAUUCCCAGCGUGUUUUUACAAGGUCAGUAUCCAUUGGAGCUCUACUUGGUGGCAAAUUAGCCAUGAAAAGAUUGCUUCAAUUCCAAAAAAUGAGAGCCAACCCAGAAAAGAAAGAUAAAUAUCUGAAGAAGUUGGACACAAAGAUCGAGUCAGACCUUCCUGAUUUCCUGAAGCUCCAGAACAUUGUGGCAAAGCUGGAAAUGUUAGGACAAGAAGAUAAAGUUAUUGAAAAAUUAAAAAUUGCAGCAGAAAAAGCUGAGAAAUCAUUUCCACUAUAUGAAUAUGAAUAUCAGAUGCUUCUCGUGGAAUUAUACAUUUACAAGGGAGAAUUUGCAAAGGCAGAAGAACUUCCAUGCUUGAAUAACAAUGACAAUUCAGACGUUCGGCGCCCAUUAUUUAAGGCUAUAAUUAAAGUGUUGCUGAAUGAGACCCCGGAAGCAAUUAAAGAAUGGGAAGAGUUUAGAAAACUGAGAAGCGAUUACCUGUUACCACCUGACGUUAAAGACUCUCAGUUUUACACUCUCUUGGCCGAUUUCGAUAGCUUUGAACGAGUGGUCAAGGUGCUUAGAGAAGACAUUUUCAAAAAGCCCCGAGCAAAAUUUUAAAAUCAACCAAACCGAACAAUCUAAUUAUAAGCUUUAACUAUAUAUUUCUCUUCAUGGGGUAUGGGUCUGUGGGUAGAAAUUAUAAUAUGAAUAAUUGAGGAAAUUCCGAAUAACAAAAAUAAAAUGGAGGUGAAAUUUGAAUACCUCUUCGUAGGAUCGUUACAACAUUGAAUACCUCUUGUGUGUAUUCCUCAAACAUUAUCUACAAUAUAUAUAUAUAUAUACAUAUAUAUAGAAGUUGGUUUGUAAAUCAA